AUUUGGGAAUCACACGUGUGUUUAGCGCGCACGCAUCUUCGUGCUGAAGUUCUCAAUUGGAUCUCUCUCUUUCAAGUUUCAACUCAAAUCUCCAUGGCUCUGUUUCGAUUUCACCUCCAUUGAAGCAUACGAUUGAAGGUCCUUUGUCCGGAAAUGGCGAGGCGGACCUACACCACGGAGUUGGGCUGCAUUGCUUGCGAGGAGCUUGGCGAUUUUGGCGCUGGAAAGGAGGGCUGGCUCGUCGACAACCCCAAUCUUUUGUGCGCCCUCGAUUCGCACUCUCUGGCGCUCUUAUCCAUCCUGGAAGAAUUCUAAAAAUCAGAGUUCGCGGUAUGAAGAGAGAUUUAUCCCAUGAAUCUUCUUUUGAGGAAGUUUCCAUUGUUAUGCCAGGUGUAAUUGCGCGCAUUGAAGGGUCCGAUAUUCAGAAUACACUGAAAAGAUGGUCUCAAUCAUCAAAUGCACGGUAUUGGGAUCAGAAACUAAACAGGCGAGAUACGGAGGAUCCUGAAAAUUCUUAUGAAAAAGUAGCUUAUCAAGUAUGGAAUGUCAACAAAUAUGGUGCUUGUGCAGAUGCAGCAAUCACCGGCGUCAUGCCUCCUCCAUUGAUGGAACUCCAGUCAAGUCAACGUUAUUUUUGUGCAGUCACCAUCGGAGAGGAUACUGUUAUUUCAGCAUUCAGACUUUCUGAAGACAAGAGCAGGUCUUUAGUUGGAGCCAUUUUAUCAAAAGUUGUCCCUGCAACAUUUUCAACGAUAGCUUCAUUUUCAAAACUGAUUUGGCGAAGUGAACCAUCAACAUCUAAAAAGCCAGAUGCGAAGGCUCAAGCUUUUGCUCGAGCCUCUCCUUUGACAUGCUUGAAGGACCAUCCAAGAAAGGGUGAGAAACUGACGUUGUCCCCAAGCGGUACAUUGGCAGCGAUUACAGAUUCACUGGGUCGAAUAUUGCUCCUAGACACUCAAGCACUUGUUGUGGUGCGAUUAUGGAAGGGAUAUCGAGACGCCAACUGUCUGUUCAUGGAGAUGCUGGUCAAUAGAGAUACUGCUUCAUCAAGUUCUAAUUACAUAGAUUAUGAACCAGCGAAAAGUGAUUAUUGCUUGUGUUUGGCUAUCCAUGCACCAAGAAAAGGGAUAGUUGAGAUAUGGCAGAUGAGAACUGGGCGUCGCCUCCGAACGAUUCAAUGCGCUAAAGGUAGCAAACUUCUGCAACCUUCCUCCAGGUUUGAGUCUUCCAUGGCUUCGCCUUAUGUUCCAUUGGAAGCUUUCUUAUUAAAUGGAGACUCUGGUAAAAUUUCAAUUCUAAACCGAACCCUUUCUUGAAUAUUGAAACAGAAUGAUUCUAUCAUGAUAAUGAAAAAUAGUAUCUUUUUUGCUUUGCUGAAGAACUGCUUCCUAAUUAUUGUAAUGAAUAAAAUUUAUGAAUUAACAGAUUUAUAAAUUUAG